AUGAUUUUACUAGCAUCUAUUUUUCUUCUUCUUUUCACCUCAUUUUCAUCCUCUGUGCCAAGUUGCAAUGUAUCUCUCUGGGCUGAUUUCAAAGAUAUGACAUGUUCAGGAACACCUAAUAGUACUUUCAUAGCUACGGUUUACAAUGGCAGUUGCACAGCGCUUCCCGAUGAUCCUACAUCCUCCACGUACCGAUUUGUGUACGAUGCUGCUACGAAAACUGUUGAAAACUUUCGAGUAUACAAUUUCAAAAACUGCUAUCCGGGAUUGGAUUUGUAUUUCGCGAAAACGCCUGCUCCAUUGAACGUGUGUGUUCCAGCUCUUAUAUAUCUUAGUCCGUCGAGCAGUUCGCAAAUAGGUGGUAUGGUAUUCAGUUGUACUGAAUAA